GCAUUUAGGUCGACAAAAACGAAACACUAUUGAUGUCUUAUCGCGGGCUGUUGUGGUGGGACUGAGAAACCGAGAGUGAGUGAGAACGAGAAGACCCUUUUUUUAAAACUGGAGCAGUGAUGGAAGAACUCACCGCAUUUGUGUCUAAAUCUUUUGACCAGAAAGUGAAGGAGAAGAAGGAAGUGAUCACAUACCGGGAAGUGCUCGAGACCGGUGCAUCGGUACGAGGCAGGGAAGGUCUUAAUCCCGAACCCACUCGCGAGGAGGUGACUGCUAUUGCGCGAGGAGGAGCACGAUCGCCGGCCAGGGAAGCGGACAUGCUCGGGCCAGAGAGGAUGAGGGAGUCGAGCAGCCCUAAACUCAUUGACGGCAACGCGGAUAUGAAAGAACGAAAAGAGGACUCUAAAGCGGUGGAGGAUGAGAGCCAAACUAAAAUCAAGCAGCGGAGAAGUCGGACUAACUUUACUCUGGAGCAACUCAACGAGCUGGAGAGGCUUUUCGACGAGACGCACUACCCGGACGCCUUCAUGCGCGAAGAACUCAGUCAGCGACUGGGGCUCUCGGAAGCCCGCGUCCAAGUCUGGUUUCAAAAUCGGAGGGCCAAGUGCAGAAAGCAAGAAAAUCAGUUACACAAAGGGGUACUCAUCGGAGCUGCGAAUCAGUUUGAAGCGUGUCGUGUCGCGCCAUAUGUCAACGUGGGAGCUUUGCGGAUGCCAUUCCAACAGGAUAGUCAUUGCAACGUGCCGCCCUUCUCCUUUCAGGUGCAGGCUCAACUGCAGUUGGACAGCGCAGUGGCCCACGCGCACCAUCACCUGCACUCGCACCUGGCGGCGCACGCGCCCUACAUGAUGUUUCCCGCCCCGCCGUUUGGAUUGCCCCUGGCGACGCUCGCGGCGGAAUCCGCGUCUGCUGCAUCGGUGGUGGCGGCGGCCGCAGCGGCCAAAAACAACAACAAGAACUCCAGCAUCGCGGACCUGAGACUCAAGGCCAAAAAGCACGCGGCCGCACUUGGACUGUGACACGCGGCGUGCGCGCAACAUGUUCUGCGCAACUGGCCGAUGGUCUCCGGCGGCGCAGAGCACAGCGCAGAGCACUGGCGUGCAAUGUUAAACACAAAACAAGGACCUUAUUUAUGUUUCACGAAGGACAAACAAGUAUAGGACAACUACAAGGAUAGGCUAUUUAUGAAAUAUAAACAACGCAAAAUAAACUGUGAAAAUCGACAAGAACUCUGGAUUCUCCAUGUGGGAACUGGUGUAUUUACACAGUUUCACUAUUUAGAGGGAGUUUAGAGGCAAGGAGAGGCGACGCAAGAUAAGGAGAAAAAAAGAGAGACGUCUGCAAAGACGAGUAAACGCUAACGCAGCUGGGACGUUCGACUCUGUGUGACAAGGCGAACUAUUCUGCAGUUUUGCUUUAAUACAUUAUUCGUUGACUUUGAAAAAAGAGGCUGGCCUCGUUUUAUGUGAAACAUGAGUUUCCCCUCACUAAGGAAACGUGGAUAUUUGUGAACAACAACAGAGAAACCAUGAAAGAUGGAAGGUGUUUUCUCAUUGCCAAAUGAGACCCACACCAAACAGUGUUGCAUGAAUUUCUUUCCUCGCGGAUGACUUGAUUUUGAACACCAUUUCAUACCCAUGGCUCCUUUCACAGACAAUUGCCAAUUGAGGAACUUAAAGCACUUGAAUGUUAUCGGGGUUCGGGCGUUUAGCCAAGGGAUUUUGAGCGCUGGAUGAAGGAAAUCUGGUCAUGGCAAACUUACCACAAAAGGACUUAAUAAUCUUGUUUAAGUGUGUUGAAUUUUACCAAGGCGACCAGAUACUCCAUUCAAUGCAGUGUCCACGUAAACUGAAGUCCAAAUGUAAGGUCUUGUAACAGUGAUAUAGUAUUAGGCCAAACAGCUUCCUCCCAAGUUACUAAAUUCGGUGAUAUGGUACGGGAACAUGUAAAAUAUGUUAAUACACCAGAUACAAAAUUAUUUGGCCUAUUUUGUGCUUCAAGGACAUAUUGUGGGAACAUUUAGGGUUUUCAUGUUUGAUUUUUCUCCGUGAUUAAAACCAUGUGGAUUAUCUAUGUAAUGUUGAUGUUUUUAUAACGUUGAAAGUAAAACGUACCUCUACAGCAAUCAAGGGACUCCUUACAUGUCAUUUGAAUCAUUUUGGCAUUUUUAAUUACUUUAUGUUUAAUGUGAAACGUGAACUCACCUGACCACAACGUUUUCAAGUCAUAGUACAAUAAAUCAACAAAACUUUU